AUGCUUUCGUUCAAAACCAACCUUGUUGUAGCUGCACUCGCUCUCUGUGCAAACGCACAAGUUCAGUAUCAAAUCGAUCCCAAUUCUGUUUCGUUACCUAUUCGUCAAGGAUGGUGUAGUCAACAGAAAGCAACUUGCCCAUCCCUCUGUUUGCAACUCGGUCCGGGUGCAAGUAGCACUACCGUUUCCAAUACCUGCGACCCCGCUACUCUUGACUACACUUGCGUCUGCGGCAACGGAUUAUCGCCCAAUGCUACCGAAUAUUCCCAAACUCUUCCAUACUUCAUAUGUACACAGUACGGUACCCAAUGUGUCGCAGGAUGCGGUGGAGUGAACACUUGCCAGGCUGCUUGCAGAGCAGAUCAUCCAUGCGGAGCUCAGGACCCUUCUCCCCCUAAUGCUACAUUGACAAGCACAACCGCAUCCAAUUCAGCCACGGCAACGGUUGGUAGCAACGCCGCCGCGAGCACCAAUGCUGCCGGAACUGUGUAUAAUGGACUGGGGGGUGCAGCCGCGACAACCGCAGCAUCCACUAGCAACAACAAGAGUGGAGCUCAAUCAGCUUUGGAUCUUGGACGCAGCUAUGGUCUUGCCACUGUCUUUGUUGGUAUAUUCGCAGGAUUCACUUUCUUCAUCGAUGGUGAUGAAAGGACAUUUGAAACUAUCUAA